AUGCGCCCGUCUUAUGUGGAGCUGAAAGACUUUGACACCGAACACACCCGAUUCGCGAGUAAAUACUCUCUCCAUCUCUACCGAGAACAAGGAAUAGACAAUGACUUCAAGCUCCGGGGCAUCCCGAUCCUCUUCAUCCCAGGCAACGCUGGUAGCUAUAAACAAGUCCGACCAAUUGCCGCAGAAACCGCCAACUACUUUCAUGAUGUGCUACAACAGGAUGCGGCGGCCAUCAAAGCAGGAGUGCGCAGUCUUGACUUCUUCACUGUCGACUUCAACGAGGACUUCACGGCUUUCCAUGGCCAGACUCUCUUGGACCAGGCAGAAUACCUGAACGAGGCCAUACGAUAUAUUCUAUCGCUCUACCUCGAUCCGCGCAUGUCCGGACGAGACCCCGAUCUUCCCGAUCCCACAUCCGUUAUCAUCUUGGGCCACUCAAUGGGCGGAGUCGUUGCACGGACUAUGCUUAUUCUACCGAAUUAUCAGUCGAACUCGAUUAACACCAUCGUUACGAUGUCUGCGCCGCACUCGCGACCACCGGUCACAUUUGAUAGCGAAAUAGUGAGGAUAUACGAUGAUAUCAACGAUUACUGGAGACAAGCAUACUCUCAGCAAUGGGCCAACAAUAACCCUCUAUGGCAUGUUACCCUGGUUUCGAUUGCCGGGGGUGGUUUGGAUACCGUUGUUCCAUCUGAUUAUGCUAGCUUGGAGUCGAUUGUCCCAGAUACUCACGGCUUUACUGUCUUCACUUCCACUAUCCCGACAGUGUGGACAAGCAUGGAUCAUCAAGCUAUCCUCUGGUGUGAUCAGUUCCGCAAGGUUGUGGCGAAAGCCUUGUACGAUAUUGUGGAUGUCAGUCGACCGAGCCAGACAAAACCUCGAGCAGAGCGUAUGCGAGUAUUCAAGAAGUAUUUCCUUACGGGCAUGGAGGAUAUUACUGAGAAGACGCUGCCGUUCAAGGACCCUAGUACCCUGCUCACCCUGGAAGAUAACUCCCAUGCAAUCAUCCCGCAAGGAGAGCCUGCCAGCAUCGACUCGGACCACAAAGCAUCCCUUCUUUCCUCCUAA